AUCUCAAAAUGUUGUUAUUCGUGUUUGUGAAUAGAAAGUUGGCUUACUGUGAAACACAGGGGUUCAGACACAGACCUGAUGACGUCAUAAGGACCGAACAUCAAUGUCAUCAAUGGCAACGAAUUAACGGAAUGCUAUUUAUUCAGUCUGAUAAGCCCCUAAAAUCCUCACCCGGUAACUGUGUAAACCAGCUGGCAUCACGCACACAGCUGCCAGGUUUACAUUGCAGUGAAGUUCUCCGACCGUCGGGGAAGUCGUGAUGCCGCAUCAGUCACAUGAUCAGCCCACAGACGAACUUCAAUUUAAAGAUGUUGCCUUAAGAUGUUUUGUGCUCCAUUUUGCUCAGAAAGCCAAGUCAUAGAUUCAAUUGAGUUUUGGGGGAGACAGAUAAGACAGCAGAGAGGCCAGAACCUUCCAGUGAAGAAGAAGACGGUUUGCGACUGGUUAUGUGCUAAGGUAGGCCACUCAGAUCUCAGCUGACCUCAACAACCGUCCCUCAGAUUUGGACAUGAGAGCAUCGCACGGAUGUGUCCGCCCACCUCAUUUGAACGCUAGCCAAAGCCGCUGGUGGCGCUGGAUUUCCAAGACAGGAAGGACCCGAGAGAGGAGACGGACGCCGUCGCCAGCACCUCCACCUCAGAAACAUUCCAGUCACUGGGGUUUCCCAACCCGGGAAACUACUGUUACAUCAAUGCCACGCUGCAGAGCCUCCUGACCCUGGUGGACUUUGUCAGAGACAUCAGAGGUCAGAAGUCCGAUUCCACCGUGAUCCGAACCUUCAUGAACAUCCAGGCGUGUCACAACGCUGACAACCAGCUGAAGUCAAGGCUGCUGGUCGCCUUCAAGCACGCGGUGGCUGAGGAGGCCCCAGAGUUUAAGAACAACACCCAGAAAGAUGCGCACGAGUUCCUGGUGGCUGUCAUGGAGCACAUGAUGCAUUUACAAGCUUUUCAAGAUUCUCUGCUGUUUCAGAUGGUCAGCAACAGAAUGUGUACAAGUUGUGCCACAGGAUCUUACAAAGAAGAAGCCUUCACACACAUCUCGCUCAACCUGUCGUCGGGGGGGAAAACUGUCCGACAGCUGCUGCGUGACUUCAUGAUGGAGACGCAGCUGGACUACUGCUGUCAGUGCGGCAGCCAGGAGGCCAACCAGCAGUAUUCCUUCGUCACGCUGCCAAAAGUGUUGGUGUUGCACUUGAAGCGGUUUAAAUACACUGGGGACCAAAGCCUCAGCAAGAUAACCGAGCCCAUCUCCCUGCAGAAGGAUCUGUUGGUGCCCUCUGACAAGGGUGGUGGCAAGUAUUACCUGGUCAGCAUCAUCAGCCAUAUUGGCCCCGGAGCAUCAAGAGGUCACUACAUCAGCGACGGAGUGAACCCCUACGCGCCCCCGACAGAUCCCUCCGACAGCUGGCUCACCUACAACGACCUGGUUGUUUCGAGGACCAGCUGCAAGUCUGUUUGCGAACAGCGUCAGGAGACGGCGUACAUCCUCUUCUACAACAGACUGGUGAGAGAGGGCUGUCGUCUGCUCCUACAUCAACCUCCACUGACUGGGUUUUACUCGACAGGACCCUGCCAGGUAGCAGGGCCACGCUGUGACAUCAAUGUGUCGAUUGGGACUGAGAGUUUGAGACUUGAACGAUGCCAAGUGUGGAGUCUCAUGUCCUCGAGCUUCCUUUUGGAAGGUCCAGUGUAGUGGUCCAUGACGAUGAAGUAAUGGAUUAUAGUCUUUCAGGGAGAAUCCAAGGAAGAGGAAGAGCAAGGAAGAGCUUCAGCAAAUAGAAGCUUAAGGGCAGUUGGGGAGUUGCUGACUUGAGUAUUGGUCGCAGUUUGCAACCUAAGUGAGAAGAGAGUGGUGUGGUGAUGAGUGGACCACACAGGACGUAUUCAGCCAAACAAUGCUGAAAUAAAUUCUGCUUUUUAAGACCAAGAAACCUGCAAGUUUCAGUCAUUUUUGACUGACUCUCGGACUAUUGACAUGCUGGGCCUCUCUGUCCACUAGUCGAGUCAAUGCCCUGAAAAAUACUGGUUCCUUCCAGGAUCUGUUUUUGUGUGAGCCUAGCGCCUCAGGUGAAGUUAUGGGUCCGGUGCUGUUGCCUCUUUCAGACCCUGGAGUCCCUGCAGCACAAGACGUUUGAGGAUGAUCUUCUCCAAGCUCAGAUGGAAAACAUUUGAUUCUUCCCCACCUGGUGGAGCUCAACUCUCUUGGGGUCACCAAUAAGGGGGAGCACAUCAGUGCAGUGUCUCCAAGUGUCUGCUCUCUUUUUCACGAGUCAAGAUUCUCACAAGGUUUUCUGAGACAAGAAUGGAUCCCAGUAACGUCCAACAACCUCUGAUUUAUUCACAUGAAUCACAAAAUAAUGUCAGUAUUCACAAGGAAGCGAGUUUUCGGGGUGUCAUGAUGUCCCAGGUGAGAACGUCUUUCACUCAGAGGGGCGGAGCUGUUCGCUCUUGUAAAUAUUGCCGAAUUUCGUUGGCGUCUCGCUUCAGCCAGGCGUCGUUCAGGAGGAUGUUCUCGCAGCACUGCUGCACGGUGCGCUCCACUGACGGCACCCUGUAGUUGGUGAAGAACCUCUGGGGUGACCAGACCGCACUGGAAUUAAAUGAGUUCCCGGAACUUAAAGACUUUUCUCGAGCCAGUGUCUCACCUGGACCUCGGCGGCCAUUUUUUCAUCGGCGAAGCGAUCGACUGUGAGCUGCCAACACAAGAACCAUUCUGUCAACAGGCAAAGCUUCUGUCCAUCCGUCUCUCUGUCCACUUUACCUUGAUGAGUCGAUGUAUGAGUAAUCCGCCCUGGUAGCGAUGAUAAAUCUCUUCCCAGUUUUCCUUCACAAACUUCCAGGCAGCGAUCCGUCCCUGUUUGCUCGCCGCAGCCACGCCUCCGAUCACCAACACCGAGUCCUGCGGACUAACUGCCUCCUGACGGUGGAGCACCAGUGAGAACCUCGAGUUUCUCCACGAUUUGAUUGGUCUUUACCGAGAGGGCGAAGGUCAGAACUUUCUGGAUGAGCUCCGGCGCAGUGACGGCACACAGCGCCCGCUCUAUUCGAUUCAUUUCCUCCUGCAUGUCCGCGUCUCUGUGGAGCUGAGGGGCCGGAGUCACACGACACGCAUGAAUCCACAAUGACCUAUCUCACCUUCAGCAUGGUCUCCAGUGUGGAGGCAUCUCCGUGCUUCAGGACUGUCAAAUACACCUGCGAAACAAAUACGUUCAGGAACUCCAAGCUUCACGUGCAGUGGAUUCUGAGGAACGUACCGGGGUCCGGAGGUCUGCAACAAGAGGCUGCUUCAUCCUCAGAUGCUCCCUGAAUCUGCGCUGGGCCUCCUCCACCGUUGGUUGGUGCCCCGUGUUCCCCAAUUUCUGCAGAACCAGACUUCUCAACAGGGAAUCAUAGUGACCUGAAAUUAGCCACUUUGGUUGAGUUACGUUCGUAUUUAGUUUUAGUGUCAUGAACAUUUGCUGUUAGUUCAUUAGCUGGACAGUGGAGAGCACCAAAUCACAUUUAUUGAGCGCAUGUUUUUACAGGUAAUAUCAUUGGCCCACCCAAAGUCCACAUUACGGUGUGCUGUAAUAUUUAUUGGGUGGAAAUAAUUUUGUAAAAUUUAAAAUAAAAACAUAUCUACAUUUAGCCUUGUAAAUCAUUACUUAAGAUCUAACUAUUGCUCAAAAACACAUUUUCGCUUAAAAAAAAAUAAAAAACAGGAACCAGUCCAUCUCACUUUCUCCAGGUUUCCGGUCCCAGCCCAGCUCCAGGCUGACGGGCAGGAACAUGCUCAGGACGAAGUCCUGCAUCUCCCGGUGGAAGUCUGUGUAGGACAGCAGCGACAGCAAGACGCCCAAGUUGCUGCUCACGUUGCUCCACACCGAGUAGUUUGGCUCGUGGGUGAAGGCCUCCAGCAGCUUCAGGUACUCCACCGUGCUGAUCAUCCCUGCACGAGACUGUCCACACCACAGCCGCUCAUUCUCACGUCACGCCGGACUGACACUCGCGAGGGCAGCACUCCGCUCACCAGGGUGAACAGGUCAUUCUGCAGACUGAGGCGAUCCACUGGCGGGAGGACGUGGUCUCUGACGGCCGGCAGCAGGUUGUUCAACAUGGCGGCGCUGUAGUGGACCCGAUAGAAGCCCACUGUUCCGGGGUUGAGCUGGAGACACCAGAACUUUAUGUGACCAAACAUCGUCUGAAGUAAGUGGUGAACAUCACUGCAAUGUUUUGAUUGAAAAUUUGACAAUUGCUUGAGUGAGAACAAGAGGCUUCUUUUUUUAACAUUCUCCAGCGAAAUGACUCUCCACUACUAAACAAAACAAACAAAUCACAAGUGUCUUCACCUUCACCCACUGGUUUGGUGAGACUUCUCUCAGCGUGAAGGUCAUUUCCUGACGGCGUAGCAGUUCCUUCAGCUUGAUGGAUUUGGGGUUGUCUCCUGUGCAGAUGCUAAUGGGGACCAUCCACCUGCAGCUCCUGUCGUCUGUUGUGGUAAGAAAGAUGUGUGUAGGAGGAGAGAACCCGUGGCACACCUCGAUGGGAUGGCUGCUGUCGAGCGCGUCCAGCUCGAGCGCGCGAGUGUAGUCGGCCGAGACGAACUGAGUCCACACGUCGUAUUCAGGGAAGCAGGUGUCCACGCACAGAUACUCCAUCCAGGAGGCGAAGCCUUCGUUCAGCCAUAAGUUCUCUGCAUUAUGCAAAGUGAUGCCAUAACCAAAACAUCCAUGAUGAAGGCGUGUAGACGCGGACUGUCACUCCGUCGGACGACAGGCUCUCCACGUAGUCGAACUCGCCGACGACGAAAGCUAGGAGGUAAGUUGACAUGAGGGGGGUGGUGCCAAACUUCACCUCCACUAGCUGAUCAUCCUCAACAUCAUCAAAAUAUCGUUUUUGGUCUAUGACAUUCUGAGCAGACGAGAGGAGACAGACGAGGUCAGCGACAGGAAGUCCAGGGCGAGUUCAGUCAAAAGAACAACAAGGGGUCAGGAAGGUUUCACCUUCGUCCAGGUACUGGACUCCUAGCUACUGUACAUGGGGCCUGCAUGAACUACCGGGUUGUUUCCGAGGAUGCUGUGGUUAAAACACACGUGACAGGUCACCUACCAUGUUGGACAAGGCCACCAGGUCUUUGGGAAUGAUGAGCGUGACGUCAAAGGUAGCUUUGAUGGCGGGUUCGUCCCAGCAGGGGAAGGCUCGGCGAGCGCCCGUGGCCUGGAGCCAAAGGCAAGAAAUGUCAAUCUAAAUUCAGUCAGACACUUCACAGCUCCACCGAGUGGCACGUCUAUUUUCCUCUUCGAUUUCCCUCCGGAGGAAUGCCUCAGCCUCUUCAGUUUCUUAUCUUCGCCAGUGCAUUUAUGAAUCUGAUCAGUGUGGGCCACCACCAUGAGAGCCCUUCAUUCUCUUAUCAGAUGUCAUUUCUCAAAGUUGUGUUUUCCUUAAUUCCAUCCAAAUGCCUUCGCCGAUGUUGCAAUACUUAAGAAGAUGAGUCAUGAGGCGAUGCCUCUUACCUCGAACUGGGUGACGGCAGCGUAGCGGACCUCUCCCUCGGGUGUUGUGUAUUUACUUUGACAGAAGCCUUUCAUUUUGUCGUUCAGCUCUCCACAGUAGCUGAUGUUCAAUGAACCUGAGCCUAAAGACAAACAUGGCGUCUACACGUGGUUUUGUUCCCCCCAAAAAAUGAUUGUGGCUUACCUGACUGUAAAGCACAAGGGAACAGCAGAGUCACUUUCUCAUCCUCAUUCUGGUAGUUGAAUCCUGUUGCUUUAAUUUCUGAUGAAAAACCAGGAUGAUUAGUUGUUUUUAAAUGGAGACCUUUUACGUAGUAAAUCUUACAUCGGCUCUACAAACAGGCCGCAUUUUAAGAGACGUCUUGUUCUACUGCUUGUCGCUAUAGAAGCAGCCGACUCACCGUCGCCUCCCUGAGGUACGAACGACACGCUCUCGAUGUCGAUGUCGGCGCAGUUGAUCACGAUCUCAUUUGUUGCUGUCGUGACCUGGAAAACAGUGUCAUCUGAGCUGACCCUCGAGGCGCAGAUAAAGACGACAGUAGUAUGCAGUAGUUUGAACCAUAUUUAGCAUCACUGGCUUCCAUAGGGUUGAACAUCUGAUGAUCUUCCUCCUUUGAUGUCACACGUAUUUCCACUUCAGGCAUAAGACAUUAAUGUAAACAAGAGUGCAGACCUCUGCUGAGCAGAUCUGUCACACCCAGGGUAGUCGAGCUUGAAUUAUGAGCUGUCGGACAGCAGGUGGCGUUAUACUGACAUAAACCUUCACAUUCAUUGUGGAUGGAACGCCUCCAUUUUAACUGCACCAGCUCUACUCCGAGUCUCUCACAUACCUUCACUUGGGCUUCCAGGUUGCCCCUGAAAAUCAAAUUUUCCAGGUCCGGCUUUAGCCACAAGUGGUAGUUGACGGGGUGAACGCAAGUGGGUAGUCGCUCAAAGGGUCUAGUCUCUGUCAUACUUCCAGUAUUUGGCGCGACUGCAGGGAUCUGCCCAUUGAUCAGAACCCCCCUUU